AGGAGAGGAGAGGAGAGGAGGGAGGGAGAGAGCUUCCACUGUGUUUUUUCCUCUCUCCUGCCACAGAACAAUGUCGAUGAGCCCCAAACACACGACUCCUUUCUCUGUUUCCGACAUCCUGAGUCCCCUUGAGGAGUGUUACAAGAAAGUGAGCAUGGAGGGCGCCGGGCUGGGGGCUCCUCUCGCGGCGUACCGACAGCCCCCGGUGUCGCAGGCGGCCGUGCAGCAGCACUACGUGGGGCACAACGGCACUGUGUCCGCCGCGUACCAUAUGACGGCCGCUGGGGUGUCGCAGCUCUCGCACCCCGCCAUGGGGGGCUACUGUGGCGGUAACCUGGGCAACGUGAGCGAGCUUCCGCCGUACCAGGACACCAUGAGGAACGGGAGCGCGGCCACCGGCUGGUACGGAGCCAGCCCGGACCCGCGCUUUUCCACCAUCUCUCGCUUCAUGGGUUCCUCGUCAAGCAUGAACAUGGGCUCUGUGGGCACUCUGGGCUCCCUGGCGGACGUGGGCAAAAGCAUAGGACCCCUGCCUGGCACUCCGCGGAGGAAGAGGAGGGUGCUCUUCUCCCAGGCUCAAGUGUACGAGCUGGAACGGCGGUUCAAGCAGCAGAAAUAUCUCUCGGCGCCGGAAAGGGAGCACUUGGCCACCAUGAUACACCUCACCCCGACGCAAGUUAAAAUUUGGUUCCAGAAUCACCGAUACAAGAUGAAGCGUCAAGCCAAAGACAAGGCAUCCCAGCAGCAGAUGCAGCAGGACUCCGCGGGAUCGUGCCAGCAGCAGUCCCCGCGGAGGGUUGCCGUGCCCGUGCUCGUGAAGGACGGCAAGCCGUGCCAGGGAGGCAGCCAGACGUCGGCCGCGUCCAUACAAAGCCAUCACCAGGACACCGCCAACGCCAUGGCCCUGUCUAUGAACAUGCCGCCGAUGAGCCAGCCUCACGAGCAGCAGCAGGCCGGCAGCGCGGAACACUCCCCGGAACUGGUGCACCACGCCGCGAGCCCGUCCUCGCUGCAGGGCCACGUGGCGGGUCUCUCUCACCUGAACCCCGUGGGCUCAGAGUACGGCCCGGCCGUGCCCUGCUCGGCCCUGCUCUACGGCAGGACGUGGUGACAGGAACGGUGUCACCACAGACAUCGAGCGCCCGAAACCGAAAUUCACGCGCGUUGUGGCCACGCAGGCUCGCAGCGGGCAGGAGCGCGCCGAGCGAAGGAAGGCGGAUUAACAUUGCGCUGGGUGCGCGCGCACAUGGCGUGGCGAAGCGAACACUGCGAACUGUGAACACACACCUCGAGGUGCGACGUAUUUAUAGAAAUACAACAUGACAGA